AUGAACAAGAACAAACAACUCAGCUGCAUAUUAAAGACAAAUCAUUCAACCCUCAAGUCUAAAUCAAUGGCUGCCCUGAAAUCUGUUCUUUCCCCAGUGCUCUUGGCUAUCCUUAUAACUGUUGUGCUGCAAAGCCAAGUCAUUGAGUCUCAGGGGACAACAUGCUCAGCAUCACUUGGGAACCUGAACGUGUGCGCGCCAUUUGUAUUGCCAGGAACGUCGAAUCCAAGCCCUAGCACAGACUGUUGUGCUGCCCUACAAUCGCUUGAUCAUGAUUGCAUUUGCAACACUCUUCGUGUCGCUGCUCGCCUUCCUUCUCAGUGCAACCUUUCUCCCAUUUCUUGUGCUGGUCAGUAGUAUCACAAAUACUCUCAACGCUCUCAAAUACUAGUCAUUUUAGCAAAUUGAAUUUUUUUUUUUUUUUUUAAAGAAAAGAAGUAUUAUUUCCUUUUUUUUUUCUUUCCAAUUUGUAGAGUAUUAGUUUCGACAAAUACUCUUAUGUUUAACACUAUUAAAUGUCAGUCUCAAGGGGUGUGCAAAAAUCUUUAAAAACAGUAAUAAGGAGCUGAGCUAGUAUACACAAUUAAAGUUACAUUUACAAAGUUGAGGAUAUAAGUUUUCUUGACUACGCAAGAACUAUAAAAUGAAGUCUACUAAUAAACGUUAACAUAAAAGAUGAAAGUGAAGACAUUCAUUAUUAUGCAGCUCCAGUUACAUAGUAUAUAAACAUUCCAAGUACUGCUGACUGAUUGUUCUUUUAUUCUGCAGCAAACUGAGUUGAAGGUGAAAGCCUGGCACGGUCGCAGCUGCCAUCCAAUGGAAAAAUAAUAAUGUCGGAGUUUUACAAGCAAUAAUUUGAGUUUGCCCCUUGUUAAUGGAGUAGUUUAUUUCAUGUUUGCCUUGCGCUAUUAGGGAGAUGUCCUUAGUCCUUUGAUUCCAACUGCUCAUGUAAUAUGUUGUGAGGUCAGAGAAGAAGUCGCAAUGUCCUGGAAAUCAAUAAACAAACAUGUUCUUAUUGCACUCCAA